AUGUUCUUCAAUGUGUUUUACCUAUUCAUCUUAAUUGUCCUGAUUCUGUUCGUAGCGUCUUAUAUUUUAAUAUUAUUUAAAUGCAAAAGAAAAGCGAUUGUCGAAACUGUUUUGCCCAAUGGAGAAAAACUUAAACGCGCAUUCAAGCAGGCUCCUGGUCCACAUCCUUGGCCCAUACUUGGCAAUUUGGAUAUAAUUGGCCAGUUUGACAAUCCCUUCAAAGGAUUCGGAACACUAGCAAGUUGUUAUGGAGACAUUUACUCCUUGACACUUGGACACACUCGCUGCCUUGUGGUAAACAACUUGGAUCUGAUACGAGAAGUUCUUAAUAAGAAUGGAAAAUUCUUUGGUGGCCGUCCGGAUUUCCUACGCUAUCAUAAACUGUUUGGAGGUGACCGUAAUAACUCCCUAGCUCUAUGCGAAUGGUCACAAUUGCAGCAGAAACGACGAAAUUUAGCUAGACGUCAUUGCUCCCCCCGAGAAUCGUCGUCAUAUUUCUCCAAGAUGUCCUUGAUUGGAUGUGCAGAGGCUGACAUAUUAAUGGACGAGCUGGAGAAAGUUAUUUUACCUGGGCAGCCCCUAGAUUUGAAGCCCAUUUUAAAUGCAGCCUGCGCGAAUAUGUUUAGCCAGUAUAUGUGCUCAAUGCGAUUCGAGUAUGAUGAUAAGGAAUUCAAGAAAAUGGUUUGGUUCUUUGACGAAAUCUUUUGGGAAAUCAAUCAAGGACAUCCACUGGAUUUUCUGCCUUGGCUGGCACCAUUCUACAAACAGCACACAAAUCGCAUUGCACAUUGGUCGACAACAAUACGCAAGUUCAUUCUGAAUCGCGUUCUGGAGCAUCGGGAGCUGAACAUCGAUCCUGAGGAGCCAGACAAUGACUUCACCGAUGCUUUGCUAAAAAGUUUGAUUGAGAACAAAAACAUGUGCCGGAACACAAUCAUCUUUAUGCUGGAAGAUUUCAUCGGUGGCCAUUCAGCUGUUGGGAACUUAAUAAUGCUGGUGCUUGCCUAUAUAGCCAGAGAUCCAGCCAUUGGUAGACAUAUUCAAUGCGAAGCCGAUCUUGUGUCAAAUGAGGGAAAGCGAAGUAUUACUUUAGAAGACAUGGAACAAAUGCCCUACACAAUGGCCACAAUCUUCGAAGUCCUACGGUACUCAUCAUCACCCAUUGUUCCUCAUGUGGCUACUGAGGAUUCAGUUAUAUCUGGAUAUGGAGUAACGAAGGGCACAAUUGUGUUUAUAAACAACUACGUACUCAAUAUGAGCGAAAAUAGUUGGAAAAACCCUCAGAAUUUUUGUCCAGAAAGAGAUAAUCAAAAUAAUCUGAAGCGCCCAAAGUUUCAAUUGAGAAAAAAUCUUCCACAUUUUUUACCAUUUAGUAUAGGGAAACGCACAUGUAUUGGACAAAAUUUAGUUCGAGGAUUUGGAUUCAUAUUACUUUCAAAUAUUUUAUUGCGUUACAAUAUAAGCAGUAAAGACAUUUCGAACAUAAAAAUUAAUCCAGCUAGCUUAGCGUUACCCGCAAACUGCUUUCCACUUAUAUUGACGGCACGGUAUAAAAUAAAGCCACUACAAAUUUAA